UGUCAGUAGCCCUUUACAACCCCAACAACAACAACAACACCAUCAGUGACUCACUCUUGCUGGGAAGUACUGAUAACUGUAGUGUUAAAUACUGAGGUUUUGGAGGCACAUAGCACCUUCAGGCAGACAUCUCUUGUCCUCGGAACAAACAUCAGUUGAGGGAGAAUACUGUGCACAAGUUUGGACUAAAACCUCAGGGAACAACCAUGAGUCUGGCCAAGAUGCCCAAUGAGAGGAAACUGACGUUGUGUAGGAAGUAUUAUAUGGCUGGGUUUGCUUUCCUGCCAUUUAUGUGGGCAGUAAAUGCAAUGUGGUUUUUGAAUGAAGCAUUCUGGGCGCCUCCAUACCCUGAACAAAAACAGAUUCGAAAAUAUGUGAUUGUAUCAAUAGUGGGAGCAUUGGUGUGGCUGGUAGGACUCAUCAGUUGGGUGGUGGUGUUCCAACAGAAUCGCAGUGCCUGGGGUGCCACUGCUGACUAUAUGUCCUUCAUCAUUCCUAAAGGAGUCCCAUAGUCGCUCCUCUCCUACAGUACUCUUGUUCUUAUACACAAGUGACUGAAGCUGACAGAUGUACUUCCUUUUUAUUUACAAAACAAAAAAUAUAAUGUGUAGCAUUUGUAUUUUCUUAUAUUAACCUUUCAUUAAUAUAAUUAAAUUGUAGUAACAUAGUGGUUAUUGCAGACAGUUCAAAGUAAGUCAUUUUACCAUGAGUGAAGAAAUUUACAGCUAACUCAUACUUUGGAUUCUUUCAUUCAUUACGGAUUUGCCGGUACUUCCGGCCCAGGUCUUCUUCUACUUUGGAUAGAAAGCCUUAAAUAACAUGCCUGUCUGCCAUAUACAUGUUAUUAUCGACUCAACACAUGAUUAUUGUCCAGGAUGCACUGAAAUGUUAUUUAAAGCUUCCCCUUCAAAUUGUGGGUUAGUAGUCUACUUGUAAUCUGAAGGAUGUUAUUACUCUACAUAUAAUGACUACUAUGAAUAUUCUAGUGUAUUUUUAUACAAUUUCCAACAUUAAUGAAGCACCUGAAAGCUCAGACCAGCCAGCAAAAUUGUUCUUACUACAACUCAGAUGACUAAUAUACUCAUUCUUGAGGUAGCUACACUUACCAUAACAUACUGGAAGAUACAUUUUCUACAAAUUACGUACAGUGCCGUAUAACCCUUGUGGGUUUAGCACUUAGUUUUGGUUGUAAUACAUACUGUAUUAUGUAUACAGCAUUGUAUUUUUGGUGCAGUACAUGUACAGUGGUACUAUUGUAAAUGAAUUUGUAUUUGUAGAUGAAUGGUUCAGAGAACCGACAUGUUGAUAAAUUAGACACAUGUGCAACUCUUGGGUAUCUUUAUUGAGGAAACGUUUCGCCACACAGUGGCUUCAUCAGUCCAUAUGUAGAAGAAACUUGAAGAACAGGAGGAGAAUGAGGUAAUCAGUCCCUCAACCUUGAGUCGAUGUGUUCAGUCCAUCAAUCUUGAAUAGAAUACGGCAUAUGAGUGGAGAAGCAGCUUAUAAACCGUAUGGCAGGAGAGGUGCAGCAGUCAUAGGUGGUGUCACAUUUGCCGUAUUCUAUUCAAGAUUGAUGGACUGAACACAUCGACUCAAGGUUGAGGGACUGAUUACCUCAUUCUCCUCCUGUUCUUCAAGUUUCUUCUACGUAUGGACUGAUGAAGCCACUGUGUGGCAAAACGUUUCCUCAAUAAAGAUACCCAAGAGUUGCAUAUGUGUCUAAUUUAUCAAAUGAAUUUGUAGUUUUCAAGUUGGUCUGAUUACUGGAAGUAUCAUCAGCUUAAUGUUAUACUAAAUGUUUGAUAUUUAUCAGGAAAAUAUUUACCAAUCGAGCUUUUAUUUCUGAUGCCUGCAUUAGAGGAGCCACUUAGUGUAGUACUGUGCAUGAAUAUGGUGUAUGUUAAAGAGGUAUGACCCAUACCUCUUUAAUACUUGCUUUUAUUAUUAUAAUAAUAGUCAAAUUAUAGCUCAUGAACCUAAUGUAUGUAUUAAGGCUUUUUUAUGAGAAAAAUUUAUAAAUUGGUCUGUGUGUUUUGAAUUUAAUGGAUUAUGUUUAAUGCUUCAUAAUGAGACUUGUGGUUAUAUAACACAUGAAAAUUUAUUGAUCAUAUAAUUUUAAUAUAUUUUAAUACAUUAUACACAGUUC